AUCCCAUCCUCCCAAAACCCAUUUCUUAGACCUUAAUACACAAAUAUUAUAUACUAACCAAUUCAUAAAACUCAAACAUGAGAUUCAACAGAUACAAAACCCUCUUUUGGCUUUCCGGCUUUGUCAUCUUUCUCUUUUCUAUCAUUAUUGUUCAUUACACCACACCACUUUCCAAUACCUCUAACACUUCCAUUAGUAGUUCUCAAAGUAUUUUUGGUUUUCAACUUAGCAUAUUGAGCAAGAUUAUAAAGCUAAGUGGUGCUCAAGAUUUUGUUUCUUUGUUUAUAACAAAUAUUGCGAGUAGGAAACAUCAUCAUAGGAAGAGGCACAAGGAAAAAUGUGAUAAGGCUAAAUGGACUUCCAAGCUAAUUUUAGACUAUUAUGCGACCACGGUUUUUACCGUUGAUUUAAAGGGUUGUGCUAACUUUUCUAGCGUGCAAAAAGCAAUUGACGCUGUUCCUGAAUCUAGCUCUAAUAUCACUCGUAUCGUAAUCAACUCUGGUACAUACAGAGAGAAAGUAGUGGUCCAAGCCAACAAAACAAACAUAAUACUACAAGGUCAAGGGUAUCUUAAUACAAUUAUAGAAUGGAAUGACACUGCAAAUUCCACUGGCGGAACUUCCUAUAGCUACUCAUUUGCAGUCUUUGCUUCUAAGUUCACAGCUUAUAACAUUAGCUUUAAGAACACCGCUCCUCCACCAUCACCGGGAGAGGUUGGGGCACAGGCCGUGGCACUGAGAGUUACUGGCGAUCAAUCGGCAUUCUAUGGAUGUGGAUUUUAUGGUGCGCAGGACACACUCAAUGAUGACAAUGGGAGACACUAUUUUAAGGAAUGUUUCAUUCAAGGAUCCAUUGAUUUCAUAUUUGGAAAUGCUAGAUCGCUUUAUGAGGAUUGUACUAUAAACUCUAUAGCAAAACAAGAUUUGGUUGGCAUUGGUGGAUCAAUCACAGCUCAAGGACGACAAUCUUUGAAGGAACAGACAGGUUUUUCCUUUGUGAAUUGCAACAUUGUUGGAAGUGGAAAAGUGUGGCUUGGAAGAGCUUGGGGAACAUUUGCCACAGUCAUUUUUUCAACAACAAACAUGUCUGAUGUCAUUGCUGCUGAGGGAUGGAAUGAUUGGAGAGAUCCAUCUAGAGAUCAGAGUGUCUUCUUUGGGGAGUACCAUUGUAUAGGACUUGGUGCAAAUUAUACAUCUAGAGUCUCUUAUGCAAGACAACUGAGGGAUUAUGAAGCAAUCUCAUAUAUAAAUGUUUCAUACAUUGAUGGGAAUGAUUGGCUACUUAAUUAUAAUUAGUCUGUUGAUCAUUAAUUAUCUAGUUAAUGUAUGAUUUUGAUUUUCUUAUAAAUAAAGUUAAAAGUUGCAUAUGCAUUCAAGUCUUUUAAAUGGUACUGUAAUUUUCAAAAAUGGUACUGUAAUUUUUAAAAAUAUAGGCAAGUCUUUUAAUUUGUAAGAGGGUUAACCCACUUAAGUUGGUUCGGUGGUAUUAGCUUGAGACAUGAGAGUACACUUCUCCUUAAAGUUUCAAGUUUGAUUCUUUGGUGUCAAUUUGAAUGGAAUAAUUUAACUUCUUAAAAAAAAAAAUUGUAAGAGGGUUUCAUCAUAUAAUAAUUCUAUAAAUUAAGAACCUUGAG